AUGCACGCGCAAAUAGUUCCAGUUGAGGGGAAUUUGGAAAAAAUAUCCGCAGCCUUCCAGGAGGGGCCAGUUGCAUUUCCAACCGAAACUGUAUACGGACUGGGCGCUAUCGCAUGGCGGGAGGACUUAAUCCAAAAAGUCUUUGCAGUGAAGAAUAGGCCGAUGGAUAAUCCGCUUAUUGUCCACGUCUCGUCUCUGGAGAUGCUUCGAAGGUGCAUUUCCGGGGAGAUCCCGAAAGUCUACGCGGAACUUAUCGAUGCAUUCUGGCCGGGCCCACUCACUCUGCUUUUCCCCAGGAGCACGGCACUGCCCGACUCUGUCACGGCAGGGAGUGACUUUGUAGCUGUUAGAAUGCCAAAUCACAGAGACACUCUUUUGCUAAUAGACCAUUUGGGAGAGCCCAUCGUAGGACCUUCAGCGAACAAAAGCACGCGCCCCAGCCCAACAACAGCCCAGCACGUAUUUGAGGAUCUGGGGGGAGAGAUUUCCCUAAUUGUGGACGGUGGCUCCUGCGAGGAGGGCGUUGAGUCUACAGUUGUAAAUGCUCUGUGCUCUCCCCCGCUAUUUCUUCGUCCUGGAGUUAUUUCGUACGAGGCUAUACAGGAGUUUGUUCCCGCUCUGGAGCUUCUUUCCAGUGCCGACACGGCGUCAGGAAAGAUGUCCCCAGGGACAAGGUACAAGCACUACUCGCCCUCCGCAGCAGUGACUAUGCUCACGGGGAGUCCUUCUGAAAUAGAGGAAAAAAUAGAGAGAGUCCGGGAAGAGUCCGCUGGACUGCUGGUGCCAGAAAGGUAUGCGAAGAAGGGCGGAAACCUUGUAGUUUACUCGCUGGGAGAGAGUGCUAAAACAGCUGCCCAAAGGGUCUUUGACGGGCUGAGGUUCUUGGACCGGAGAGUCUCCAAAAUAUACACGGCGCAGAUGGAGGUGGACGGAGAGGGCAGGGCUGUGAUGGACAGGCUUACCAGAGCAGCCUCGCACUGGAUGUAA